CGGAUACUGGACCGAGCGCUACUUUGCGCAGUGGAUUCAGAAUGGCGUGGAUGGCAGAUUCGCCACCACUAAUGGGGAUGAGGCAGACAUGUUUCUCAUGCCUCUGCUUCCGUGUGAUAAAAGAUUUGAUGCGGAGCAGCGUGGGGUUGGUGAUGCUAAAAACUAUCAAAUGGGCAAAGACCUCAUAGGACAAUACAUGAUCGCGGCAUACCAAUACAUCUCAACCCAAUUUCCGUACUACAAGAACCCGAAG